AUGGAGAGGAGAGCAUCCGACCUCUUCAUACUUGAUAAAAACUUGCCAACCUGGAUGAUGGAGAUUCAUGCCGACGUGCCCUCUGGGCGACUGCUCACGCUGUUACUCCCACUCUGCUUCUUGAGCCUUCACGGGUCAGCCAUCGACACAGUAAAUGUUGUGGACUUCUGUGGUCAGACUAUCCGGGGUGAUGGCAUGAUCAUCAACUCCCAUCAGGAAUCUAAAAAGUACUACUUUGUAACGAUGGGGACCGACUGCCACCUCACAAUGCAGGCCAGUUCCCCAAAGGACAAGGUCCAGUUCCACUUCCGCUUCUUCCUCGUCUACAGUUUGUUGCGAGUAGCCCCUCUGAGUUCAGCCCCUCCGUUACCUGAAUCUCCACGGGAUCCUUGUCAUGCAGGCUCGUUUGUACAAUUUUAUGAUGGAUCGGACAGGAACUCUCCUCCUCUUGGGCCUCCUCUUUGUGGGAAGAGCCCACCAAGGCCGGUGCUUUCGACAGGAAACUACCUAACCCUGCGACUUGUCACCCGCGGGACUCAACCCAGAGUGGAUUUUGUGGGGGACUUCACAUCGUUCAGACUUGGAUUCAAUCAAACUUUGUGCAGUAGUGAGCCGUACUUCACUUGCAGGAAUGGAAAGUGUAUCCCACUCAGUUUAGUGUGUGACGAUAAAGGCAUUGACAACUGCGGGGAUGGAAGUGACCUGGAGGAAAAUCUAACGACUGGGAUGUGCAGUGCUCUGUUGGUGCUGCUGGUCACCCGGAUGGUUCGUAUGGCGGAUAAGUAUUUUUCGUUUUUUGCCGUGCUGCAACUCUGCCUGCGCCUCCUGCCAACUCUGCGCUCGCAGCUGCACUGA